UCAAGCGCUGAACGCAGAAUAAAACCACUGCAGCCUGCGAGCAGCGCUCAGAGUGAGGAGAGUCAUGGACGUAAACUAAGCCGAAAGUUGUCAUGAUAAAAGUUAGGCAUUUAUUUCAAAUUACAGCAACAACACCCGUUUCCCUUGUAAAUCAUACUACCUUUUCCCCCAGGGUCUGAGGUUUGCUUAAGUUUACAAGGCAUCGCUCUUUCAACACUAACUAACGUUAUAGUUACACUCUUGACAGAAAGAAUGCGCGAGUCAGUUAGCAUUAGCCGGCUAGCAGCGUGCUGACAGGAAGCGAACAAACGAUUGCUCUGCCUUUGUCCGCUUGCACUGACAUUCGGUCCAUGUAGAAGGAGUGAUUACCAACACAAUGCCUGUGUUACUUUUCCUGAUAGACACGUCCGCCUCCAUGAACCAGCGCUCCCAUCUGGGCACUAGCUAUCUGGACAUAGCGAAGGGCGCAGUUGAGACUUUCCUGAAGCUAAGGAGCAGAGAUCCGGCCAGCAGGGGAGACAGAUAUAUGUUAGUGAGUUUCGAGGAAGCACCAGCUGGAAUCAAGGCUGGAUGGAAGGACAGUCAUGCCACUUUUAUGACUGAGCUGAGGAACCUGCAAGCAGUUGGACUGACAUCAAUCGGCCAGUCUUUAAGGACCGCUUUUGAUUUGCUCAAUCUCAAUAGAUUAGUUUCGGGGAUAGACAACUAUGGACAGGGUAGGAACCCUUUUUUCUUGGAGCCUGCUAUCAUUGUGGCCAUAACGGAUGGCAGCAAGCUGACCAGCAGUUGUGGUGUACAAGACGAGUUACAUUUGCCCCUGACAACACCAUUACCUGGCAGUGAGCUGACCAAAGAGCCCUUCCGAUGGGACCAGCGACUCUUCUCCUUAAUACUCCGCAUUCCAGGCCACACCCCUCCAGACCCUGAACCAAUGGGUGGAGUUCCACUUGACCCGUCCCCUAUUACACCCAUGUGCGAGGUCACUGGGGGCCGAUCAUACAGUGUAUUUUCCCAGAGAAUGCUUAACCAGUGUCUGGAGUCUCUGGUGCAGAAAAUCCAGAGUGGUGUGGUCAUUAAUUUUGAGAAGACUGGACCUGAUCCUCCACCUACUGAAGAUGGCCCAAUAGAAAUGAAGUAUGGACCUCAAUCGUGGCACAGCUGUCAUAAGAUGAUCUAUGUCCGACCCAACCCUAAAACUGGUGUUCCUGUUGGUCACUGGCCUAUCCCAGAGUCCUUUUGGCCUGACCAGAACUCUCCUACUUUGCCUCCACGUGCAGCUCACCCGCAGGUGAAGAUUUCAUGUGUUGAUUCAGAGCCCAUGGUGGUGGAUAAAGUGCCCUUUGACAAGUACGAGCUAGAGCCUUCUCCGCUCACUCAGUAUAUACUGGAGAGGAAAUCACCGCACACCUGCUGGCAGGUUUUUGUGUGUAACAGUGCUAAAUAUGGAGAUCUCGGGCAGCCGUUUGGUUAUCUGAAGGCCAGCACAGCUCUUAACUGUGUCAACCUGUUUGUCAUGCCUUAUAACUACCCCGUGGUGCUGCCUUUGCUUGAUGACUUGAUUACUGUGCAUAAGUUCAAGCCUCCAGCAAAGUGGCGGCAAUCUUUUGAAAACUAUCUUAAAACAGUCCCUCCCUACUAUAUCACUGCCCUGCGGAAAGCACUAAGAAUGAUGGGAGCUCCAAACCUGUUGGCUGACAACAUGGAGUACGGACUUAGCUAUAGUGUUGUAUCUCAUCUCAAAAAGCUCAGUCAGCAGGCAAAGAUCGAGGCUGACAGAGUUUGUGCAUUAGUAGGAAAAAAGGCGGCACUAGAAGGCGGGAUUAAACUUCGCUGCAGAAGCUCCGCCCCCUCUCUGGCACACAGGAAAGAUUUUACGCAGCUACUGCAAUGUAUCAUGGGAGAUGGACCAGCUCUGCCAAUGGAGACAAACACCAAGGAGUUUGCUGGCUUUCAACUAGCUGCUCUGAAUAAAGCAUUAAAACCACAAGGACUGCGGAACCCUUAUGAUAUCCCCAGAUCUCAUCUGCUGGACCAGCUGAGCCGCAUGAGGCGGAACCUUCUGCACGCCAGCAUCUGCAUUCUGAAAGGACAAGAUCAAGAUCAGAUGCAUAGUGUUCCUAUAGCUCAGAUGGGCAACUAUCAGGACUUCUUGAAGCAUUGCCCAUCCCCUUUAAGAGAAGCGGACCCCGAUCAGCCUAAACGUUUGCACACCUUUGGUAACCCCUUCAAAUUGGACAAGAAGGCGAUGAUGGUAGAUGAGGCAGAUGAAUUUGUUACUGGCACUCAAAGCAAAGGCAAACGUCCAGGAGAAUCCAGUAGUCCUGCUGGAGUAGGGGCCCCCAAACGCAGGCGCUGUAUGUCUCCGCUGCUUCGGCUGGGACGGGCUUAUACACCUCCUAAAACACCACCCAGAUCUCCAGAUCGUGAUCACACAGAAUCGGCCGAUCACAUCGCCAACCAUGUGGAGUCAAACUGCAACUCCGUCAUGGAGCCGAGUCCUGUGCCCGAGUCUGAACCGAUCCAGCGGAGGAACCACCUUCAGCUGGAUGAGGGUGAGGACCAGCAGGACAGAGUGCAGGAGAACGGCCAGUCCAGCGACAGUGAGUGGUCUCUGGGCAGCGAGGGUGAAGAGGAGGCUCCACACCGCUACCCUUCCCCCUGCCAGCUGAAGAAGAUCCUAAACCAAGAGAGCCAGGAACUGAACUCUGAACUCCGAGCACUCAUCACCAAGGAGAUCAGGAAGCCUGGCAGACGUUAUGAGAAAAUCUUUUACCUCCUUAAGCAAAUCCAGGGCAGUUUGGAAACGCGUCUGAUCUUCCUGCAGAGCAUAAUUAAAGAGGCGGCCAGGUUUAAGAAGAGGGUCUUGAUUGAGCAGCUGGAGAACUUCUUAGAGGAGAUUCACUUAAGAGCCAACGGCAUGAAUCAUCUGGACGCUUUCUGAGCACUCCAUCUGUCCUGCUUGAAGGACUCGUAUCUGCACUAUUUAUGUAAUGUAAUUUGGGACUUGUGUGUCUCCAGUCUUUAUCAGUAUUGAAGCUGAUUUAUUAAUCAGGACUUGAUGGGGAUGUUGCUAAACCUCAGGACCGGGGAAAAUGGGAAAAGUUGCUUUUUCUAUAACAAAUGGUCAUAAGCACGCACAGCUAUUUCUAUCCUUUUUUAAAGCCAUUUUUCUCAUCUAAUUGUGCCAAAAAGAACUGGUUGAAUGGCACUGGCAAUCCUCCUCACACAUUUGCAUUUUUGGAUUUCCCUUGUGACAUUUUGACACGUGGAAUUGAUCACUAAUAUAAACGUUUUUCUUUCAACUGCUUCAUAUCACUUUUAUUAGGUUGGACCCCCCUAAUAAAGCAACAAGAAAUCGGCAAUAUUCGACACCAUUUAAAAGACGAGUUACCAAGCCAUUCUUUAAUGUUGGAGGUUUGAGUGACUUUGAGGUUUUAUAAUUAAAGUAGACUUGCCCACUCAAAGUAAUUUGUUGUUUUGUAAAAUAGCUCAUCUCAGGAAUGAUGUUGAUGCAAAAGAUUUGGCAGCAGAGGAACAGAUUUCUGGAAUUUUUGUUUUCCCAAUAUUAUAAAAAAAGCUUUUUCUCCUUUCACAUGUUACACAAUAGUUUUUUUUUUUAAUUAUUAUUUUAUUUUUCUAGAAAAAGAAAUUUGCCACUUAGACUUUUAUUUGUGAAGCACCCAUCAUUAUUAACCAUGGAUUCAAGCAACUGUUUUGCCUUCAGCAAAAGAUGUUCUGUACGAUGUCGUGGUUUUCAGACCACGUAAUCAUGACAAACCUGUGAGAAAAAGGACUUUAUCGCUUCUCUGAACUAUUUUCUCUUGACUAAAAAUUGCAAAUGACUGUUCUGAACAGUUUUGAAUUUGGUUUACUGAAGCAACAACCAGAUGUAAUGAAACACAGAAAUGAUGUAAAGUUAAUAUUUACUCAUUCAGGACUGAGUUAAGAGCCACUUAUUCAUUGACGUGAGAUGUUGCUGCUAAUGUAUUCCUACAUUACUGCCAAAUAUUCAGUAUCCUUCAGCCUUUUUUAUUUUAUUUUAUUUUUUUAUCUGUGUUUGUGCAUCUUACCCUAUUUUAACCCUACACCAGGGACCAAAUCUUUUCCCAAAUGUUACUGGUAAAUACAAAGGGUUUCUUUAAAAUAUUUUUAUUAUGCUGUAUAUAUAUGUACAUGGUGACAUUGAAAAUGUUAUUUAAAAGAAUGUUUUGGUGGAAAGCCUUUUUUGUAUGUAUUUGAAUAAAGUCUAUUUUACACUGUAUAUACUCAUGUAAAUAAAUUACAUUUUUCUGUCAUUUUCUCAGUGGCACAAUGUCAUUAAAAUUAUUGCAAAUCU